AUGGCUGCACAGACGAACGGCCACGCCAAUGGCGUAAAUGGUGCCAACGGCACAAACGGCCUUCCUGCCCACCCUGGAUACACAGCCAUUCCCGCCCGCGAGAACCCACACCCACACACCGCCAGAAACCCAUACGGCCACAACGCCGGCGUCACAGAUUUCCUCAGCAAUGUCUCGAGAUUUAAGAUCAUCGAGAGUACGCUGCGAGAAGGCGAGCAGUUCGCCAAUGCAUUUUUUGACACCGAGAAGAAGAUCGAGAUCGCGAAGGCCUUGGAUGACUUUGGUGUGGACUAUAUCGAACUCACCAGCCCGUGCGCAUCGGAGCAGUCGAGGAAGGACUGCGAGGCUAUCUGCAAGCUGGGAUUGAAGGCAAAGAUUCUCACACAUAUCAGAUGUCAUAUGGACGAUGCUCGAGUAGCUGUCGAGACUGGUGUCGACGGAGUCGAUGUCGUUAUUGGCACGUCGUCCUACCUUCGUGAGCAUUCUCAUGGAAAGGACAUGACAUACAUCAAGAACACCGCCAUUGAAGUUAUCGAAUUCGUCAAGUCCAAGGGGAUUGAAGUCAGAUUCUCCAGCGAGGACUCUUUCAGGUCCGAUCUGGUGGAAUUGCUAUCGCUCUACUCUGCCGUCGACCAGGUUGGUGUCAACCGGGUUGGUAUCGCCGACACAGUUGGCUGUGCCUCUCCCCGCCAGGUCUACGAACUGGUCCGUGUGCUCCGCGGCGUGGUCAAGUGCGACAUCGAAAUCCAUCUGCACAAUGACACCGGGUGCGCGAUCGCCAACGCGUACUGUGCGCUGGAAGGCGGGGCGACGCACGUCGACACGUCGGUUCUCGGAAUCGGCGAGCGCAACGGCAUCACGCCGCUUGGCGGGCUGAUGGCGCGCAUGAUCGCGGUGGACCGCGGCUACGUGCUGAGCAAGUACAAGCUGCACAAGCUCAAGGAGAUCGAGGACCUGGUGGCCGACUCGGUGCAGAUCAACAUCCCCUUCAACAACUACAUCACGGGCUUCUGCGCGUUCACGCACAAGGCCGGCAUCCACGCCAAGGCCAUCCUCAACAACCCCAGCACGUAUGAGAUCAUCAACCCGGCCGACUUCGGCAUGACGCGCUACGUGCACUUCGCGUCGCGCCUCACGGGCUGGAAUGCCAUCAAGUCGCGCGCGCAGCAGCUCAACCUCGAGAUGACGGAUGCGCAGUACAAGGAGUGCACGGCCAAGAUCAAGGCGCUGGCGGAUAUUCGCCCGAUCGCGAUCGACGACGCCGAUAGCAUUAUCCGCACGUACCACCUGAAUCUCAAGUCUGGCGAGAACCGCCCGCUCUUGGAGCUCACUGCGGAUGAGCAGGCUCAGGUGGCCGCCAAGGAAAAGGAAUAUACCGAAGCAUAG